AUGACCGUCGCCUGCCCCUCACAAAAAUGGCGGAAAGUAGGCGAGCGGUUUCGCCCCUCCCGCGUUCCAAAUAAAAAUGGCGUCGCGGAAGAGGCUCCCACGCGCCUUUCUGGACAAGCGGAAGUGACGCGCGGAGCAGAAGCCCGGCUCGUGGAGCCCGGGCCGCAGGGCGCGCUGUGUGCGGUUGCGAUGGGACCGCUCCAGCCGCCGGCUGUGCUGCCGCCGCUCCUGCCGCUGCUGCUGCUGCUGUUGCUGCUCGUGACCCCGGGGGCCGAGCCGUUCGAGCCCAUCACCGUGGGCAUCGCCAUCGGCGCCGCCUCGGCCCUCACAGGCUACCUCUCCCGCCCGGACUUCUACUGCCGCUUCGUGGAGUGCUGCCGCGAGGAGCAACCGCUCAACGCCUCCGCCCUGAAGUUAGAUUUAGAAGAGAAACUGUUUGGACAGCACCUGGCUAGAGAGGUGAUUCUCAAAGCAUUGACUGGCUUCAGCAACAACAAGAAUCCAAAGAAACCACUGACUCUCUCCUUACAUGGCUGGGCUGGCACAGGCAAGAACUUUGUCAGUCAGAUCGUGGCAGAAAACCUUCACCCAAAAGGACUCAAGAGUAACUUUGUCCACUUGUUUGUUUCUACUCUGCACUUCCCUCAUGAGCAGCAGAUAAAACUGUAUCAGGAGCAGCUGCAGAAGUGGAUUCGGGGCAACGUGAGUGAAUGUGCAAGAUCUGUUUUCAUAUUUGAUGAAAUGGAUAAAUUGCACCGUGGGCUCAUUGAUGCCAUCAAGCCAUUUCUAGACUACUAUGAGCAAGUUGAUGGAAUCUCUUAUCGGAAAGCCAUCUUUAUCUUCCUCAGCAAUGCAGGAGGUGAUCUUAUAACCAGAAUGGCCCUCGAUUUUUGGAGGGCAGGAAAAAAGAGGGAAGACAUUCAGCUCAAAGACCUGGAGCCUGUGCUGUCUCUAGGAGUCUUCAAUAACAAAAACAGUGGCUUAUGGCACAGUGGCCUGAUAGACAAGAGCCUCAUUGAUUACUUUGUUCCUUUUCUGCCCUUGGAGUACAGACAUGUGAAAAUGUGUGUGAGGGCAGAGAUGAAAUCAAGGGGUUUUACCGUAGAUGAAGAAGUUGUUACAAGAGUGGCAGAUGAAAUGACAUUUUUCCCAAAAGAAGAGAAAAUCUACUCUGAUAAGGGCUGCAAGACCGUGCAGACAAGGCUAGAUUUUCACUGAGCUCUUCCUAUGAGAGGCAACCAGAAGAUGCAGCCAACCAGGCCCUGCCUUUCUGAAGCACUUUUGAGGACCCUUUUCAGGAGUCUUCGCAUUUGCACUUACUGACUUUUAGGAAAGGUAGCUUUCUAAGAAGAGUGGCUUUUAAAAACAUAUCGAGAAAGAACUUUGCAGCCCAACUGUUAAUUUUCAGUGGAAGAUGGGACUUGAAAAAUUCCGCUCAAGCUCGUCAUCCCUAACAUUGCCAAAAGUGGCCUUUACAACUAUUUGUGUUUGUGAAGUAACUGGAGUUAUUGCUGACUCCGUAACACCUGCUCUGCAUCAGAAUUACUGUCUUAACUGAAGGGAGUUCCUCGGGGCUGGCCCUGAUAGGUACGUCCGGAUAACAUUAGGUGUUCACCUGAAGAAUUUUAGAUUGAAUUAUUCUGCUUGCUUUCUGCUCUUUACACUUUCAGCAAUCAUCACUUAAAAUUUAGAGCACUCCACAACUACAAAGCAUACUAGGUGAGAGCAUGUGGACACAUGUGCCUAAACCUCUUGAGCUCGAUGAAUUGUGCCACUGAGAGAACUUAUUUCAUAAUUAGCCCAUGGUAUUAACUUAGGAUGUUUCCAGAGUGGAGGACAGGACCUCUUUGACCUUUUAGUCUGUCUGAUCCUCCUCCUAUGGUGACGUGGAGCAAUUGAGGUCACCUAAUGCAAACAAGGCCUAUUGAUUCAGUGCCUAGUUUGUGAUGCUCUCAAGGAUGUUUUCUGGUCAGACUACACUACCUCCAGACUUCAACCUAACAUCUCUGAAAUAGAUCUGCAAACCCUGUUACCAAAGUCAAAUCACUUUGGGACCAAUAUGGUUCUGAAAUUGGGUCACUCAUUCUAGUAAUCAAACAUUUCUGUCUGUUACAGCUUAUAUAAAUGUCAAUCUUGAAUUUGGUCCUUGUAACUCUAGUGUGAAAUGCAUAGGAUUUGUUCAUUAAUGAUCGAUUGAACAUUCAAGUAACUCAUCACUGAAAGGUUGUUAUUGCAAAUCAUAACUGGUAUUUUCAAAGGUAUAGUUUUGAUAGUUCUGAAAUAUAUAUGAGGUGUGAGAAACUGCUUGUUUGAUAUAAGGGAAGGUAUAGAAUGGAGUUACAGUUUAUCCCUUUCUUCAUACAUAUUCUCAAACUCAAGUAUAGUUUGGAUUCUUGUUACUAACUUUAUAGUAAUGUGAAUGAAGACUAAGAUCCAAUGUGGUGGCUGGUUAUGGUCUGCAUCGCCAUGGGAACCUCAACCCCCUACGUGGACUGAGUUGGUUGCCUCUUUGAGGGAAGUAAGAAAGGUUUUUUAUUCCAGUACAUGUGGGUAGUAUAGUUGCAGUGCAACUGGUUAAUCGCGCAGCCUUUCUAUACAUAAGAGAGAGUUAUAGAAUGAAUAUUUUUAUAUGUUAAAGGAUUGGAAAAAUUUUAAAGCACCAAACUUAGUCUUUUAAUAAAAUUACCCUCAGGAUGGUACUUUCUACGUUUUUAACAUAUAUUCUCAAACUGGAACCGUUGCCUACUUCUAUCACCUUGUGGGUGGUUGGUCAGGUGGUGACUUGUUUAUUCUGAUGCAAUAAACUGAACACAUUAGUAACCUUAGGCCUUUGGACUGUUGUUUCUGGUUUACAGCUUUGAAAACCUGCAAGUAAUUCUCCUAUCCCUAUCCUUCUGUCCUGUGGUUUUGUGUUCCCUUAAAAGAUGUGAAUAAAAAUUUUAAACUGAAUAAAAAUGAAUCAAAUAAAACUGAAAUUUUGUCAUUUG